AUGCCAAAAGUCUACAAGCAAAAUUUUCGUGAUGCCUGGCUUCAAGACGAGGAGUUUAAGCAAUGGAUUCGCAAGGAUUGCACUGAUCCAACGCGAGCAUAUUGUGCCUACUGCAAAUCCUCAAUAGGCGCAAAGCUUUUUGACAUUCGCCACCACGCUGCCUCAAAAAAACAUGUAGCUGUGAUGGGCGCAUGUACCCAGAAAAAUAAGUUGCAUUUCGUUCCAAAGUCGACCAAAACGCAGGAGCAGGAAGCAGCACUAUGUCUGCAUAUUGCCAAACACUCAGCGAUUGCGACAAGUGAUCAUUUGUCGAAGUUGUGUGUUGAGCAGUUUUCAGCUUGCAAAGCUGCUGCAAAUAUAAAACUAGGCAGAACGAAGUGCACCUACAUCAUUAAAAAUGUACUGGCAAUGCAUUUUAUUAGCGAUUUAAGAAGCGACAUCGGAGACUCAGGCUUUAGUCUUCUAUUGGACGAGUCUACUGACAUCAGCGUCGAAAAAAUUCUUGGAGUUGCUAUUUGUUACUUCAGUAAGAGUAAAUGGGAUGUAGUAUCAACGUUUCUAGGACUCGAGCAAAUCGAUGCUGGAGACGCCAUUUCCAUAGCAGAUGCUGUAAAAAGCUUGCUUUUAUCAAAUAAUUUAAAAAUAUCCAAUUUAAUUGGCAUAGGCACUGACAACGCUAAUGUAAUGACUGGCUCCAAAAAGAGUGUAUACACAGAGUUGAGGAAAUCAGUUCCCUCUCUGAAACUUUUAAAAUGUGUAUGUCAUUCAGUUCAACUAGCUGUUACAAAGUCGUGCACAAAAGUUUUACCGGACAACCUGGAAUUUCUUGUGCAUGAGACUUACUCCUGGUUUUCGAAAAGUUGUAGUCGCCAAUUAAAUUAUAAAAAGGUGUAUCAAUGCAUAAAUGAUAACAAGAAUCCCUUAAAAAUACCGAGAGUAUGUGACACAAGAUGGUUGUCGAUAGAGAGUGCGGUUUCUCGUAUCGUGGAUCAGUGGACGGAGCUGAAGCUGCAUUUCGAGUUAGCAGCUACUACUGAAAAGUGUCACAAAGCUCACAUUCUAAACGGAUUGUAUAAAGACGAUACAAAUUAUCUGUAUUUGGUGUUUUUAAAGCCAAUUCUAAAAGAGAUGCAAAGUCUUAAUAAAAACUUCCAAGCACGGAAUGGAAACCCAACCCAAUUACUUUCCGAUGUAAUUGUGGCCAUAAAUUCGCUUAAAUCUAAAAUAAUACCACCAAAUCAUGAAAUUAACAUUUUAGAAGAUGAUUUGGAAAAUGCAGCAGUGCCUAAUAUGUAUUUGGGCUAUGCUUUUGAGCAAAAAAUUAAAGAGGCUCAAUUUCUAUCACAGGAGCUGGAAAUUAGAAAAAUUUGCAUGGAAUUUGUUAAAGAAUUAAUAAUCCAACUACGUGAAAGGUUGCCAGAUAAUAUAGAAAUAAUGCAACUGGUAAAUUUAUUUUCUGUACAAAACAUGCUAAAAGUUUCAAAAAGUAAAGAAAUUUUCAAAGUAUUAGAAUAUUUUGAAUGUAAAAACAUUGAAAAUAUUCAAUUGCAAAUUGAAAAAAUUAAUUUUAUAAAAUGGGAGUUUGUAGAGGACACCAGCAAAUUUUGGACGGAAGUUAUUAAGUACAAAGACGCUGGAAAUAAUAAUCCGUUUAGCGACUUAGCGGAAUUCGCCUUAAAAAUUCUUUCUCUGCCGUGGUCGAAUGCAGAAGUUGAGCGGAUAUUCUCACAAAUGAACAUCGUUAAGAGCAAAUUACGCAACGCCAUGAGCCUUAAAACAUUAAAUGCAAUAAUGUAUAUAAGAUAUGGACUAGAAAGACAUGGCAAAUGUUGCCAUAAUUAUGUCCUGCCAAAUGAAUAUUUGAGUCAAAUAACAAGCAGUGAAAAAUAUUCUGAUGUAUGUGAAGCUGACGAGCUAGACAAUAUUUUAAGUAUCCUUUAGUUUAAGACUGAUUUAGUUUAUAAAUUGAUUAAGUAAUGAAUUUUAAAUGUAAAUUGUUUGGUUUUUUUUUAUUUUUAAGUGUUUUCAGUAAUAAUUUCUACGUUUCAUUAAAUAAAUAUGUAUAUUUGUUGAAAAUUAAGAUUUUAAUGGCUUAGCAAUU